AUGAGCCAGAAGCCUCAGGUUGUGGCAGAGGCUGGCCUGCGGCCACUACGGACGCCACCUCACUGUUCUCACCGGCUUUGUGGGGUCUCUGUGGGAUGGCCUGGGCUCACCAGAGUGGCCUGGGAGAUAGCACCCAGGGUGUGGCGUGGGGGCUGCUGCGGAGGAAAGAAAGCCGACCUGUGCGUGCCCCCCAGCUCUGCCAUCGACAACCGAUCAGGGGAGAAGGUGGCCAUCAAGAAGCUGAGCCGGCCCUUCCAGUCCGAGAUCUUUGCCAAACGGGCCUACCGAGAGCUGCGGCUACUGAAGCACAUGCAGCAUGAGAACGUCAUCGGGCUCCUGGAUGUCUUCACCUCAGCCUCCUCCCUGCGCAGCUUCCAUGACUUCUACCUGGUGAUGCCCUUCAUGCAGACGGACCUGCAGAAGAUCAUGGGGAUGGAGUUCAGUGAGGACAAGAUCCAGUACCUGGUGUAUCAGAUGCUCAAGGGUCUCAAGUACAUCCACUCAGCUGGGGUCAUCCACAGGGACCUGAAGCCGGGCAACCUGGCCGUGAACGAGGACUGCGAGCUGAAGAUCUUGGAUUUCGGGCUGGCCCGGCAUGCAGAUGCUGAGAUGACAGGCUAUGUGGUGACCCGCUGGUACCGGGCCCCUGAGGUGAUCCUCAGCUGGAUGCACUACAACCAGACUGUGGACAUCUGGUCUGUGGGCUGUAUCAUGGCAGAGAUGCUGACGGGGAAAACUCUGUUCAAGGGGAAAGAUUACCUGGACCAGCUGUCCCAGAUCCUAAAAGUGACCGGGGUGCCGGGCGCAGAGUUUGUGCAGAAGUUGAAUGACAAAGCGGCCAAAUCCUACAUCCAGGCCCUGCCACAGAGCCCCAAGAAGGAUUUCUCUCAGCUCUUCCCGCACGCCAGCCCCCAGGCCAUAGACCUGCUGGAGAAGAUACUGGAGCUGGAUGUGGACAAGCGCCUGACGGCCUCACAGGCCCUCGCCCACCCCUUCUUUGAGCCCUUCCGAGACCCUGAGGAGGAGACAGAGGCCCCGCAGCCGUUUGAUGAUUCCUUAGAACAUGAGAAACUCACAGUGGAUGAAUGGAAGCAGCACCUCUACAAGGAGAUCGUGAACUUCAGCCCCAUUGCCCGGAAGGACUCACGGCGCCGGAGCGGCAUGAAGCUGUAGUGACCCGUCUAGCCGGACCCCUGGUUGAGCCCAGGGACUGCCCCAUGGCACCGCCUGCCGGAUACUGCCCCUGGGACCCCUGUCUGCUUGUCACUUCUGGUCCAGCCCUUCUGGGACUAUCGCCUUCCGGGCGGAGGAGAGAGGGGCCUUGUCCCGGUGUAGGAAACAGGCCUCGUAGCUGCAGGAUUCAGAGAUGUUGGUUGGCAGAAAAUAGCUCUGAUCGCAACCAGCCACAUAAAAACGUCCAUCUGGAGACUCGCCCACGUGUGGGGGUCCUUCCUUCAAGGCUGUAGUGGGGCUGAGGGGCGGGCAGAGAUGGUGUAUUGGUUUGCUAAGGCUGCUGGGACCAAUCACCACAAACUAGGCUUGAAACCACAGGACUGUAUUCUCUCACAGUUCUGAAGGCUGGAAGUCUGAAAUCAAGGUGUCGCCAGGGCCAGGUUCCCUCUGAAGGUUCUAGAGCAGAAUCCUUCCUUGCUUCUUUUUAGCUUCUGGUGGCUCCCGUCCUCUUUGGUGUGCCUGGCCUUGUCGCUGCCUCCCUCCAGUCUCUGCCUCCGUCCUCACACGGCCCCCUGCUCUCGGUGGAGCUCUGUCCGUCCCCGUCUGUCCUUAGAGCAAUACCAGAGAUUGACCCGGGCUCGCCCUCAUCCAGCACGACCUCAUCCCAGUCCUUACUCAUUACAUCCGGAAAGACCCUAUUUUCAAGUGAGGUCACAUUCUGAGGUUCUGGGCAGACACGAAUUUUGGGAGGACACCAUUUAACCCCCUACAGACGGCCACGAGGGAGGGGCCCCUUCCUGGGCCCUGGGCUCUGUCGCGGAGCCGAACGUGUUGGCUGCUAAAUUGAGGGAGUUGCAGAGAGUGUUGCAGCUGGUGAGACGCUGCACGCAGGUUAUUUUGGGUGAGUGAUAAGCACUCGAGAUAUGAAACAAUAGCAGGCUUGUGGGCUGGGAGCUGCAGAAGGCAGAAAUGGGCUUUUUCCAGGCUUUAUGGAAAGCGGUUCUACUCCUGCCUCCUCCCAGGAAUGGGCAUCUCUCCUGAGCUUUAACCUGACAAUGGCUAGGAUUUUUCUGUUUGCAUUUGAACAGCUUUGGUAGAACCAAUUUCCAGGUACCCCUAGUCCUGGCCCUGGGCACCAGGGGCCUGGUUAAAAUGCAGAUUCCUGGGCACUACCCCAGAGAUUCUGACUUAGCAGGGUAUGGGGCUGAGGCCUGAGAAUAUUUGAAUGAAAACCCCCUCCCCCAAGUCCAGGGAUUCUGAUGGAUAGCAGACCAUAUUUAGAAAAACACUUGGUUGAUGUCCGUCCCAUUAGUCAAGAAGCCUAAAUCAGCAACCAACGGAGUCUGAGGGGCUCACAUGGGCUUCACAUACUCAUUUUACAGAUGGUAAAACCGGAGGCUCACACAGGGCACUUUUUGGGCAGCGAGGCUAUUCUGCAUGAUACUGUAAUGGUGGAUACAUGACAUUAUGCGGUAGUGACAACCAGUGGAACCGUCCACCACAGAGUGAACCCCCAAAUAAACUGCCGCCUUUAGUUGAUAACAACGUAUCAGUAUUGGUUCAGCACUUGUAACAAAUGUCCCAAACUGAUGCAAGAUGUUAGUAAUAGGGGAGCUGUGAGGCAGGGGGAGGGAGUAUAUGGAACUUCCUGUACUUUGGCACAAGUUUUCUGCCAACCUAAAAUUGCUCUAAAAAUAAUGUCUAUUUAAAAAAAAAAGCAGCUUGAGGCUCCAGGGAGUUGGGGUGAGAUACCCACAGCUGGGAAGUGGUGGAGGCAGGAUUUGAACCUAGCAGCCUUGACCACCAUGGUCUUAACUCAUGCUUGGAUUCAACGGUGGCCCAGCCUUCCGUACCUUCUAGCCUGACUCUCUGAGCUCCUUUGCUGCCUGUGUCCGUGGAUUCUGCUUCCUCUCCCAGAAGUGACCCUGCUGUCAAGGAGGGAGGGGCUGGCCAUGUUCUGCCAUAGCCCUGUCCUUGCUGGUUACUAAACCGCCCCAAGUCCCCUGAGUCAAGAUCCCUUAGUUAAAUCCUUCAGCCUCCUGAGACACCUCACUGGUCCCAAGAACAAAAGUCUCGUUGGCCUGGCAUUCAGAGCCCCUUGCCUCCUCUCUAACAUCAUACAAUCCCACUGCCUCCCAUGUUCCUUAUCCCAGCGUGGAUAGCCAGAGUGCCAGUCCAGGGACACCCCAUGAGGCUCACCCUGCAGGUGAAAAGGUUAAAGGUUCUGACAAGUCCUGCAGCAGAGAGGUCUGUUCAACAUUGUUUAAUCCAGAACUUCCUAAAUGAACCUAACCCCAGGACCCCAUUUUCUCCUGAGAGCCAUCACACACACAGUCCUCUUUGCCCAGUGCAGCCCAGUACACAGUCCCAGUACUCUCCAGGUGGGCCUGGGGCUUCUUUCAGAACCUCUGCUUAGGAGGCCCUUCAUCCCCCUCCUCACUUAGGAAAAUCCUCCACAUCCUUCAAGACUUUGCCUCAGGCCGCCAUCGAGGAAGUAGUUCUCCACAAUCCUCCUUUGAGAAUGGGUCUUUUCCUCCCUCUGCCCCAGGCCCUCUGUGGACAGGAUUUACAGUGUGUGUGGUUCCGCCUCCCCUCCCCAUUACACACUGUGAGCCCCUGCUUGGAACAAGUAUCUGUGAAUGGAUGAAUGCGUGGAGGAAUGCGUGAAUGAAUGGAUGAUGUCCCGGGGUCCUGUCGAUCAUUUCUCUGCCCUGACUAGACCGCAUGGUAUCAUGCGCAGCGAAGAGCACAGCAGGAAGCAGAAGUGGGUAGCCCUGGCCUGUCUCUUUGAGUGGCUCCCCUGAAAAUUUCUAGGGUUUCAGGCUCCAAGGCCUUUCCCAUCAUCCCUCGGUGUCCCUCCAGUCUAUCCCCCAACCCAGAAUUAAAAUUUUAUGUGUCAUUUCCCUACAA